AUGGCGGCCGCACUUCUCGCCGCCGCGCCCUCGCCUCUCCCGCCGGCAUCUUGGAGACGGAGGCCUCUCCUCGCGGCCCCGCCGCCCGCUCUCCGCUGCCUCAGGGCUCCUGCCUCCGCUCCUCCCGCAAUCCCGCCGCCUCCCCGCAGAGCCCUCGUUCCCGUCGCCAGAGCCGCGCGCGGGGCGGCGCCGGCGCGAGGCGGCGGUGAGGCGACGGGGAAGUCCGGCCAGGCGCCGCGCGAUUGGGGCGCGCUCGCGGGGCGGCUGGCGCUGGGCGCGCUCCUCGGCUCCGCCGCCCUGCUCGGCUGCCGCGGCGUGGCCCUGGCGGCGGCGGAGGACUCCAUCAGGGCGUCCGGAUUCGGGCUGCGGGUGGCGGCGUCCCUGCGGAGCCUCGGCUGGCCCGACGACGCCGUCGUGUUCACACUGGCUACACUGCCGGUGCUCGAGCUGCGGGGAGCGAUUCCGGCCGGGUAUUGGAUGCGCCUUCACCCCGUCCGGCUCACCGUCCUGGCAGUUUUGGGGAACAUGGUGCCUGUGCCAUUCAUCAUCCUCUACCUGAAGAAACUCGCAACCUUCCUCUCGCAGAGAAGCGCUUGGGCGACCCAGAUAAUGGACCUCCUCUUUGAGCGGGCGCGACGGAAGGCCGCACCUGUCGAGGAGUUCCAGUGGCUCGGGCUCAUGCUGUUCGUCGCCGUCCCAUUCCCAGGCACGGGAGCAUGGACCGGCGCCAUCAUCGCGUCCGUCCUGGGCAUGCCCUUCUGGUCAGGCUUGUCCGCCAACUUGGUGGGAGUGGUUCUUGCGGGGUUGCUGGUAAACUUGCUCAUGAACCUUGGUCUGAAGCACGCCAUUGGCACCGGGGUGCUACUCUUCAUUGUAUCAACUGUCAUGUGGGGUGCCCUUCGGGGUGUGAAGAAAUCGUUGAAUACAAAAUGA